CGAUUUCGAUGUACUGAGUAUCGCCGAUAAAUCGGUAUCGAAUGUGGCGCGAUCUCCAUCACUGGCAAUCGUGAUCUGAUCGUAUAAACGCAGCGCAGCGGCACUCAAACUGGCCUUGGUCACCCUCUUUCCUCGGCCCGCUCCCAUUUGUGCUCAGGGAUGAUUCUACCAGCUUCAUUUGUAGGGGCUACCCUAGUGUUCUUCUCCAGCCAUGCUGAAGCGUUUAUCACAAACGGACGGGCCCCGUUGGUGCAAGCUUGCUAUCGACUGCACGGCCGAGCAGCAACGCCUGUACCAAGAGCACCAAGAUCGAGGGUUCUAAUGGUAUCGAACCAGGAUGGAGUGCUGAUGGACGAGUUUGGAAUUCCCAUUUAUGACGAAAACGGAGAAAUCAACGAUGACCAGUUGGACGAUUACCAGAAGAAUCCGGACGGGUUGAAGGAGGGGGAUCCGAUUACAGUAAUCGCCAAAGGUCUCACGUUCUACCACGUCCGAGGUCACAAGGACGGGUUUGACCCGGAGGGAUGCGUCGGGCAGAUCUCGAGCUUAUACAUCAUGAGUAAGAAGUACGAGGGAGAGUUUUCCACUGCACACCGACCCGUGGUGUGCACCUUUACGCACCCGAAAAAGUUCAAAGCGCACUUGGAGUUUGGGGAGGUGAGAAAAGCAACGCCGGAGGAAAUCGAGAAGAACCAACAGCUGAUUGAUGCCCAGAAUGCACUGGAUGCUAUUGAACAAGCAAAAAGAGACGCAGCCAGGGCCGCCAAGGAGGCGGAAGAGGCGGCAGCGAAAGCAGCGGAAUAGAGCCAAGCGUCCUAGUAGAUUUUAUGGGGUGCAGGCGAGGGGAUCGUCGUGCUGUCUUGCUUUGGAGUGACGGAAGUCCUGAAUGUGUUGCGCCAACAUGGAGCACGGGACGAAAAUAGGAGGAGUCGGAAAUCGGACGCAAGUCGGGUUAUGGACCGGACAGCCUCUUUACUUUUUGCCGUUUCGUUCUUCUGCACCCAUCCAUGUUUCUAUUUCCGUUGACGCAGUAGGUACUUGGACAGGGUUGGUGAGUUGAGAGUGCGAUGGAGCAGUUUCCUGAUGCUCGAUGAAGGGAUUUCCACGUUUUAAUUGUACACAUGACAAAAUGACCGCUUUCUCGAGAUUCGUUCAAAGAUCCAAGUUGAAUCUGCGCAGUGAAGGUUUGCGUAGCAUCUGCGGAGGACCGGACAACUUCGAGUCUGUCACAGUCUUGACUGAAGAUUUGGUGAUGCCAGCCGGAGUAUAACGUAUUUUUUUAUUGCGAUGAUAUGUAGGUAACCAGCUUUGGCUGCAGAAACGCCACGAGCGCCCAACUUUGGACCCCCCCCAGCAGAAGUAGGAAAUGGUGCAUGAUCAGUGGUCAAAUGACGUUGUCUGCCAUCAACUGAGCACGGCACGCUUUCGUUUGACUACAACGAAUCAGAGAAGCUUUUCUA